GGGGUGUUGGCGUCAAGUCCAAUUCACCUCGAGUUGACUUAGCGCUUUCCGGCGGUUAGGCAGACACAUAUCUAUUACCCAAUACCAGGCACACAACAACACGCCAACAAUCCGUGCGGUCGCCUUGAUCAUAGAAGUCUAUAUACUGACGCACCUUUUCUCAGAAUUCAUAACGUUUGGCGACUCGGAUCAAGACCGUUCUCGCAAUAUCUACUACACGCAACUGCAACCAGGCAUUCCGCAGAGCAAAAUCGGAAGAGAGGGUUUGAGAGUUUGAACGCUGAGACUGAUGGCAGAGCCGCGUGCCUCCCCCGAGGACUCUCUCACGCGCUUACAUCCAGAACCCCCCUCCCUCGCAGAAGCGCAAACCGCCAUCCCCACCGGCAUCGUCCAACAAGCGGUCCUCAAUUUCGAAAACCGAAUAGCCUCCCACUCGCCCAGCGACGACAUAACCCUGAUCGAGCGCUCUCUAACCAACGUCGACAAUCUGAUCCGCACCGGCGACACAUAUGCCGGCCACCUGCGGCUAGCAGAGGCGCUGUCCCUGUCCCACCUCACCACAGGCCUCAUCAACUUCCUCCGCGACCACGACAACAUGUAUCGCUGCGCGGUGCGCAGCCGGCAUGCAGCAAACAUCGCGUCGCCGGACAUGGAUCUGCUGACACGCGUCGACAGGCGACUGGUCAACCUGCGCAACGUCUACUCGCUGAACAUCAUCACCGAGACGCGGUCGCCGCACGCCUGGCAGCGCAUGCGCGCGCAAGGCCAGUUCGAGCGCGAGAUCCGCGAGCUCGGCGCGGCCCUGCAGGACGAAACGAUCCGCAUCCUGCUGCGCAUGGACACGCUGUUGCCGCACCUCGCGGAGCCCGUGGAGAUGGAGAACAUCGGGCCGGACCACGACAUCGACGACUUCGGCCGCGAGAUCCAGCUCUCGGCUGCGGAUGCGAAGCUGCAGGAGGGAAAUGCACUGGGCCAGGAGGUGGACGAACACGAUCACACGCGCCGCUGCUGCAUCUGCCUCGAGGCGUACCACGGGCCCGAGCAUCCGGCGUUCUUCCUUACGCGCUGCGGUCACAUCGUCGGCAAGCCGUGCAUGGCGAACUGGCUGAACAGCACGGCGAGGAAUGCUAACCUGUGUCCUCACUGCCGGACGCCGCAGUGUGCGCGACGCCCGCGUCGGCCCGUACGGCGUUCGCUCGCAGAGAGGGAAGAGCAGGGCGAGCUGGAACUGCGGUUGCGCCGCUCGGGCGACCUGAUGCGCAGCGUGAGUGAGAUACAUGGGUGCUUGUAUGGGCGGGAGGCGGUGCGGGACUGGUUCGACGACGCGAUGAGGGCGCUCAAUGAGCGGUUCUUCUUCGAGGGCGUGGGGUUCGUCUUUGUGGCUGAUGAGUCGACGGAGGUGGGCUGGCGGCUGAGGAGGGCGGACUGGGGGGCGGCUGCGAUGUUGGAUUAGAGUUUGAGUAGGGAAAAGAGGGCUUGGAGGCCUUAGAGUGGUGGUGUUAUAUGGGGGUUAGAGGGGUGAAUGUAAAAGUAUCGGUAUGCGGAAGAGCCAGCCGGAAGACUUUCCGGUGGUUAUCCUUCGCGACGGAGUUGCAGGAUGAAUGUUGCGGCAUUGGUCUAUUGGGUAGAGGUUCAGCAUAAAGAAUUUCUGAAUACACUGGUACAAGUAGAAGGUAGUCUGUUCAGAAUUAUCCACUGAAGGCCUCCAGGAAGGCGAAUGUACAGCUAGAUGUGAGUUUGGGAGGUUAGGCCAGAGGUCGAAAGGUUGGGCGUAACUGGUCUUGGGAAAUGCUCGUCU